AUCCGAGUUAUCUAUUUAUGUUGGAAGAAGUGGGGUGAGGUGCGAGGUUGACGAAAGACGAAAGGCAACCAAAACGAAUACCUACUGUCAAAGAAAUGUGAAAGUGAAAUCUGUUAUUUAUUUGUGCGAUAAGUAGUUAUGGCAGAAGCGCAGAUACCACAAGAUAACGACAAAGUUAACGAAGCAAGUGAAGAUGAAAAAUGGGCUAAAUUAAAACAAGAACGUGAAGAAUAUUUAAAAAAAUUAAGAAAGUGGUUAAAUGAAGCAAGGUUGUCGCAUUAUAAUGCGUGUUCUGGAUUUCCUUUUAAUAAUGUAAACACUGAGGGAAAUCAUGUAAAUCCACAGCUGUUGCAACAACAACAACUAAAUAAUAUAAAUGCCACUCUGGCACAGGCAAAUUUAUGGAAUGAAAGUUUACAAAAUAUUUUGCGACAAAGACACACAGCUGCAAAUAGAAAUGGUGUUAAUCCUCCUUAUGCUACAACUGUCUCUUCACAAACUAAUCAAAGACCCAGUACUUAUGAAUUUGUUAUUCCACCACUGUGGAAAAGAAUGGUUGCAGAACUUAUGGAUUUUUUUAUUUUAUUUCUUGUAAAAAUGGCCUUAACUUUUAUCCUAUUAGAAAGUUUUGAUAUAAUAGAUAUGGAAUUCUAUGGAUUUGAAUCAUUCCAAAAAAAUCUGGAAAAUCCAGAGGUAGCCAUGCCGAUGGCGAUUGAAUGGCUGACUUUAGAGUUUUUACACCGUUUAAUAGUUUGUACAUAUGAGACUUAUUUUUUAAAAGGAAAAUUUUUUGCAACACCGGGUAAAAGAUAUAUGGGUUUAAUGGUGAUAACAGUAGAAAAUAUGUCUCCAGUUCCAGGCAGAAUGACAGAAACGAUAUCAGCAACCGGCGCAGCUCCUUUAGGUUGGCAGAAAUCAUUGACGAGAGCCGCCAUGAAAAAUCUGUUUGUUGGUUUAUUGCUACCACUGUGCGUGGCAUUUUACAUAUUUCCUCAUAAUCGAACGAGUUAUGAUAUGAUGUCUAAUAGUAUCGUUGUAGAGUAUCAUCAAGAAUUUAUGGUGUAUCAUUCUACAAUAUAAAUCGUUAUAAAUAACGGCCAAAAUAUAUGUGAUAUGUUGUUUUA